GGUCUUCCGGGAGGACGCUUGCGCCGCAGCGGGCGGAAGUGGCGCCGCUGGUUUGAAAUCGGCCGAGUCGGCUUCAGCCGGCCGGAGCCGCCGAGUGCCAUGUCUACCCCUCCGCUGGCGCCCGGGGGCAUGGCGCCGGGGCCCUUCGGCGGUCCGCAGGCGCAGCAGGCCGCGCGCGAGGUCAACACGGCCACGCUGUGCCGCAUCGGGCAGGAGACGGUGCAGGACAUCGUGUACCGCACCAUGGAGAUCUUCCAGCUGCUCAGGAACAUGCAGUUGCCAAAUGGGGUCACUUACCAUACUGGAACUUACCAGGACCGGUUAACAAAGCUGCAGGACCAUCUUCGCCAGCUUUCUAUUCUCUUCAGGAAGCUAAGAUUGGUCUAUGACAAGUGUAAUGAGAACUGUGGCGGGAUGGAGCCCGUUCCCGUUGAGCAACUUAUUCCAUAUGUGGAUGAAGAUGGCUCAAAGAACGACGACCGGGCCGGGCCACCUCGCUUUGCCAGCGAAGAGAGACGAGAAAUUGCGGAAGUAAAUAAAAAACUCAAACAGAAGAAUCAACAGCUGAAGCAGAUUAUGGAUCAAUUACGGAAUCUCAUCUGGGACAUAAAUGCCAUGUUGGCAAUGAGGAACUAAACUGAUACUUAAAUCUCUUGCACUACUCAUGUGAUACAAUUGGAUUUCCCCCUCAAGUAUAAUCCUUUGAUAAGGAUUAUUUAUCUCUUUACUGACUGGCACUAAAGUUCCUGUUUCCACUUUAAAGUUUUCAGUGACUUUUUUUGUUUGUUUGUUUAAUGCUCUUGGUUCUAUAGAAGAUUACUGUAAUAGCCUUUGAUAGGGUGUAAGUUUUGGUUAGUCUUCAUGAAUUGAAUAAUUGCUUUUUAAAGGCAAAAUGAACUUUAAUAAAUAAAUUUUUAAACAUAACCAGUGUUGUUGCUUGUUUUAGUUACCCUUUUCAAAGAGAGGUAAAGGAUAAAUAUUUUAGCGUAUUAAAAUACCAACCAAAGUUUAUCUCUGAAAGAAAUUAAUUAAAAUUAAAAACAUAUUACCGCCUAAGCUCCUUUCUUAAUUCAGUUUUUUUCCUUUAUUUUCUUUUAUUUAAAUACCAUUUAUUUUACAUAUCAAUUUUUUUUUUCAAACCAGUUAGAAUAAGAAAAUACUUGGUUGCUCAAUCACUUUUACCAGGUUCUUGGAGUGUUUUUCUGAAUUAGGAUGAGAGAGGCGAUUUGAAGAAGAUACAAUCUGGUCACACGCUUAGCUGUGACCUGCCUUGGACCUAGUAGCAGGGGCCUGCCUGUCAGCGACAUUCUAGUCCCAAGUAUGGUUCAAUAUGCUGCACUUUAAAGAGUUCUAAUCUAGACUAUUGUUAGAACGGUGGUUCUCAACCUUCCCAAUGCUGCAACCCUUCAAUACAGUUCAUGUUGUAGUGACCCUCAACCAUAAAUCUAUUUUUGUUGCUAUUUCGUAACUAUAAUUUUGCUACUAUUGUGAAUCCUAAUGUAAAUAUUUGAUAUGCAGAUGGUCUUAGGUGACCCCUGGUGAAAGGUGAUGGGCGUUCCAGCCUGAGUCACAAGCUCCUACCUGGCUUGACUUGACUAUGGCAGUUCUGCAUUUGACUCUUGCUUGUGGGUUAAGUUUCUCCAAAGGGUUACAUAAGAAACUAGUAACCAGCUUCCUCUAGGAAGGAAUGGGUGGUUGGGAUUCAGAGUUCAAAAUGUACUGACCUUUCAUUGUCUACACUUUUGCACCUUCUGAAUGUUAUAGCUUGUUCAAAUAGUACUUGAUCAAAACUGUACCUUCCAUCCUGAGUCAGACAGAUUGCCUCCAGUCGUGGGGGACAGACUACAAGAAGAGUUAAAUUUACUUUUGCUGAUGCAGUUCUGGGCAAGCCCACUGUUGGUGAGAACCACAGGGGAAGCUCUGUAUAGUUGCAGGGCAAAAGCAACUGUAUGAAACUAUGACACAGAGAAGAAUGUAGACCAAAAGUCUCGCUUGGUGUACUAUUCCACCGUACCUAAUGAUACUACGGUUUGUUUAGACAGUCAGGAUUUCUGUAGGUUUUCAUGUGCAGCAUAGUCUGUAUGCCAUUACCAUUGUGACAUUGUGACUUUAGUAUAUUAUUUACUGACAAUACAAUGAGGCAUGUAUGCACAGAGAAUAAUAUUAACCUGAGCUCCACUUGGCUUAGACCUGUCUUUGAACAAAACACUUGGCAGUCUGAGAGCAUACCUGUACGUGUGGUGUCUGCACGUCCCUCUGAAUAAUUUACCUAGCAAGCUGUUAGCAACAUAGGAUACCUACUUGCAUCCAAGCUGCAUGUACACCCUCUCUGAAUAAUGGAAUAAGUUUCUCUUCCUUUUAAUGACCAUCAAACUUAGACUAUUCAGUUACACCGAGAAGGUAGAAGGGGGCCAGAUCUGGCUUAGACUAAGAAGGCCUAAACAGUCAGAUUAUCAGGGCGCUUGGGUGUCUUCACUCAGUGUAUUCUGGCAUAGUCUAUCAUUUCUCUUUGAAUAAACUUUCCUUGCUACUUUCCA